GCAUUAUAAUGAAAUUCGUCGCGUAUUAACAUCUAUAUUUUGAAGAGUCAAAUUACUGAUCUAAUUGCUUGCGAAAGUUUAUAUUUAUUUCUACACAAAUUAGGACAGCUGAAGAAAAUAAACUAUCUCAAUGUACAAACUAUAAGCGUCAGUUGUAAAUUCAAAACUUACACACUUGUACUAAUUGUACUGCCGAUUCCAUAAACAAGGAAUAAUGCGAAAAAAUGUGAAAUUCAAUAAAUUACGAAAAGUGAGAUGUCAAACACAGAAGUUGAUUGGCUAGUAACUUGAAUGAAAUACAUGUUACAGUAUGUAAAUAAUAACAAUCAGGGAAAUAAAGAACGCUAUUUAAGCUGAUUUGUCGUUGACUUUAUAUAACUUCUUCAGAUGAAAGAGAGAGAAAAAGCGGCGUCCAAAAACAAUAAAUCAAACAAUCUUGUGGUAUAAAAUGUAAUAUUUGGGUUGCUUUCAAAGCUUUUUUAAUCAUAAUCUAUGCCCACUCCAAUAAAAUGGUUGGUACGCAAGAACAAACUAUGAACUCUCACUCAGCAAGUAAUCUAUCGCAUAUACUCAACCACCACGACAUAACUGCAGUAAAUAAGAUAAUCACAAAUACUGUUGAAGGUACAAUUACCGAUACAUCCAGUGAAAACAAUGUUACUAAUCAUUCAACGAAUGAAGUUGUAAAUCAUAAUAGUGACGCUAUAACAGACAUCUCUCAUGCAAGAAAAACAAUCACUUAUGCAGAUACCACUGUAACCGUUAUAAAGAAACCCAACGAAAAUGUCAUCUCGAAAAUUGAUUUUUGUUCGCGGAUCCAAUCACAAAAACAAUAUAUUUAUAACUGUAGCAACAGUGAUACUUGUUACAAGCAAAAUAUUAUUCGACAAACAAAAGUGUUCCAAGAAGAUUCCACCGAUACUUUCAAUGGGUUAUCUACCCAAUUUAAAAUAUCUCUGCCUGGACAAAUGGAUAAAAACAUCAGUCCUGACGAACAACUUAGUAUUGAUAAUCAAGAAAGAGGAAAGAUUGAUGCAGUUGACAAGAGUUGGUAUUCCUCUAAAUCUCUUACGGUAUUAUCACUGGGAAGGAUGAUUUCUACGUCUGGUGGUAUACCAUCUGCUUCCCCUUCUACACCAAUUGUGACUUUAAAAAGUCAAAUUUGUGACGGUUUACCAACAGAUACAAUUUAUAAUAAACCAUGUAGUGAAACGUUACCAAAAAUUGCUGCAGUGGAUGGUCAAUUGGUGGAAGUAUCUAAAGUUGGAGAAACAUUUUUGCUGCAUGAGCAGAUCAUUAUGUCAGGGCAGCAAAAGUGUGCUUUACAAGAGAAACCAAAGUCAUUAGUGGUAUCACCGCAACAAGUAAUGAUAUUAUAUAUGCAAAAAUUAACUCCAUAUGAACGUGCUGAAAUAUUGGCGUAUCCGCAUAUAUAUUUUAUUGGUGCCAACGCUAAGAAACGAUCGGGCAUUUUCGGCCCAAAUAAUUCUGACUAUGAUAACGAACAGGGAGCCUAUAUCUAUAUACCACAUGACCAUGUGGCCUAUCGGUAUGAAAUGCUUAAAGUGAUAGGCAAAGGGAGCUUUGGUCAGGUAAUUAAAGCAUAUGACCAUAAGACACAUGAACAUGUCGCUUUAAAAAUGGUCCGAAAUGAAAAACGCUUUCAUCGACAAGCGCAGGAAGAAAUUCGUAUUUUGCAUCAUUUGCGUAGACAAGACAAGUAUAAUACAAUGAACAUAAUCCAUAUGUUUGAUUAUUUUACAUUUCGGAACCAUAUGUGUAUUACUUUUGAGCUACUCAACAUCAAUUUAUAUGAGUUGAUAAAAAAAAAUGGUUUCAAAGGUUUCAGCCUCCAACUUGUGCGAAAAUUUGCGCAUUCGCUAUUACAAUGUUUAGAUGCAUUAUACAGGAAUGAAAUUAUUCACUGUGAUAUGAAACCUGAAAACGUAUUACUUAAGCAGCAAGGACGUUCCGGCAUAAAGGUCAUCGAUUUUGGUUCAUCAUGCUAUGAAAGUCAACGUGUUUAUACCUACAUCCAAUCUCGUUUCUACCGCGCACCUAAAGUUAUACUUGGAUGUAAAUACGGUCGCGCAAUUGACAUGUGGUCAUUUGGAUGCAUUUUGGCUGAGUUGCUUUCUGGACAUGCCCUUUUUCCUGGGGAAAAUGAAAGUGACCAGCUAGCAUGUAUAAUUGAAGUUCUUGGUAUACCUAACAAAAACUUGCUUGUCUGUGCCAAACGCGCAAAGGCUUUCUUUAACCCAAAGGGAUAUCCUAGAUACUGUACGAUACGCACAAUGCCUGACGGUACGGUCGUUUUAACUGGUAGUGAAUCACGUAGAGGAAAGAUUCGCGGACCGCCAAGUUCUAAAAGCCUGUCAAAUGUUUUAGAUGGUUGCAAAGACGUAUUAUUUUUAAAUUUUAUACGCGGUUGUUUAGAAUGGGAUCCACAAAAACGAAUAACACCAGCAGAAGCCCUUAAGCAUCCAUGGUUGCGCCGACGUCUUCCAAGGCCCCCUAAUUAUGUUAAUUAUUCAGGUGAUGGAGAAAAUACUAAUGGUGACAAUAGAAAYAAUCGCAAUCAUACUCCUAUAAACGGUAAAGAUUACURACGAGUAUCUACAACUUCUCAGUAUCUGGAUUCUACAGCACAAUUUUGCGAGCUUCUCAGGUUUACUACGUCACUAUAAUUAAAUCGUUGACGGCAUAUAAAGUGGACAAUUAUGCUCAUGGCAUCCAUAAAGCAAAUACACCCAAAAUAUGGUCGGACGAAAGCAUGCGCAACGAUUGGAAUUUAAGUGUGCUAUGCCCAAUCCAUAAAAAAGGUGACCCCACAAUCUGCACCAACUGCCGUGGGAUGAGCCUA